ACCGCCGCGAGCCCUCCUUUGUGCCGCCCUCGCCGUCUGACUCGCGCCUGCUGUCGCCCUGGGAUGGCGGGGGAGGCGGCAGCACGCCUUCUGUUGGUGGGUCUGUGUGGGAUCUCCCGUCCCCGUCCCCCGUGCCUGUGAGGGCAGGCUCGGCCACACCUGUCUCGCAGGCUUCGGUUCCGAGCCGACUCUGCAGCUUCGGAGGGCGUUGCUAGCACUCGCCGAAGCACAGUGGGAGGCCAGGCGCCAUCCCAGCUGGAGAGCGAGUGGGACACAGACUACCGUGCGGAGAGAGGGGCGGGGAGGGGGAGGUGCUGGGGGAGCAGAGGAUGAGGGCAUGCGGCGGGAGAUGGAGGAGGCUGAGCGGCAGGCCGACCGCUCCUGGUAUGAUUCUGAGGAGGCAGGCAGUGUGUUUGACUCGGGCGAGGGUUCCAACCCCUUUGGGGGUUUGGGGACGAGCAGGCGUUGGAGGAGAAGAAGCAGGCUAAGCAGAAGCAGGCGGCGCAGCUGCAGAAGCGCAUGGUGCGGUCCGACGGGUCCGCCAUGUCGUUGGCCGCCAGCAAGAGGUUGACGCAGCUGUCUGCCGACCAGGCCACCUGGGAGGACCGCCAGCUCAUGCGGUCGGGCGUGGUGCGCAACGCUGCAGAGCUGUCCACGGAUAUUGAUGAUGAGGACGAGAACCGAGUCUUGCUGCUGGUACAUGAUACGAAGCCCCCCUUCCUGGACGGGCGCAUAGUGUUCACGAAGCAGCAGGAGCCGGUGAUGCCGCUCAAGGACCCACGUCCGACAUGGCCAUCAUCGCCAGGAAGGGUUCAGCGCUUGUCAGAGAGGUAUAUUCGGGAGAAGCAGCAGCAGAACAAGAGCAGGCAGAAGUUCUGGGAGCUGACCGGGAGCAAGCUGGGGAACAUUUUGGGCGUGAAGAAAUCUGCGGCUGAUGUGGAUGCGGACACGUCAAAAGUCAACGACGAGGGCGAGGUGGACUACAAGGACAAUGUGAAGUUCGCGGACCACAUGAAGGGCACGGGGCGGGGCGGCCAGCGACUUCGCCAAGACCAAGUCGAUAGCGGAGCAGCGCAUGUACCUUCCCAUCUACUCCGUGCGCGACGAGCUGCUGCAGGUGAUUCGAGAGAACCAGAUUGUGGUGGUGGUGGGGGAGACGGGCUCUGGCAAAACAACACAGAUGACACAGUACCUGCACGAGGCCGGGUACACGACGUACGGCAUG